AUGUGGCUUUUGGGCAAGCUCACAUUGGCAACGAUGCUCGUCGCCAGUCAGGCAGCCGAUAUCAACACGCAGUUCUGGGUCGAGAAAGCCACGGGACCAGUAACGCGCUCGGGUCAGAGUGGUGAUCUGGGCGGGAGCUGCGCCCCAUAUAUGGACGUGUUAAACGAUAUAUAUCUUGAGGCCAUAGACAUGGCGGAGGUUGCACUAGAGGCGUUGAACAAUUAUGCCAGCAACCCAGUUAUCCGUGCGACGCUUCAGACAUAUAUGGGUAUCAAACCAGAUGGUACCGAGGUCUCGGCAGCUCAUACCUCCCAAUUCAACUACAUCAAGGGAGCCUACAACAAGGUGGUUGCCUUUGGGAACUUGCACUAUGGCAGUGAUCGGCUGCCAGCUUUCUUUUGCGAUGGAGGCUGGCGGUGGAAAACAACAAUGGAAUAUGUCGAUGGAAAGCAAACUGGGCGAACAGUGUCAGAGGCAUCAGGAGGCAGAUCCAGUUAUAUGUACUAUUCACCGCGCUUCAAGACUUGGGCUGGUGUGCAGGAUGGUUGUGGGGACUCAGCGACUCUAGGUUUCUUUCUUUCCAAACCCAGAAGUAUUACUAUCUGCCCUGCUGCCUGGACAUGGAAGAGAAGAAAGGACUCUUUGAAGCCGUGGAGGGACGGCACGCGGGUCAUGAGGGAUGGCAGACCCUUCUACAAUGCUUACUCUCUGCCCGGGACAUUCUUACAUGAAUUGAUCCACCUCACCAGUAAAUCAAUAAUCACGGACAAGAAAGUGAUUGUGGAUGGUCAAGAGAAACCAGCCUAUUUCCCAAAUAACGUGGCUGAACUGGCGAAGUCGAGCGUUGACGAUGCCAGGCUGAACGCAGACAGUUACGCAUGGUUCGCUACCGCCAUGUAUCUGCCUGUAAUGGAUUGGUCUCGAGAAAUUGCUGGCACAUACACCGGCAGCAAGAUCUCAUCUCGCAUGGUCGGCAAUAUUACUUCAUAUAUACCUGAAGAAAAUGGUCUGAAGCGCCGCAGCGACUUUGCAAGUCCGGCAGUUCAGAACCUUGAAGAAUAUGAGGAUGAUGUUAUCACUGACUAUUCGCUGUGA